AUGCUAUUUGGCAGCCCAUCCCGGAAUGGGGUGGACAAGACUCCCAUAUAUACGAAACGAAAGCAUUACCGUCAGUCGUUUCACGCUAAUCACAUUACAGACCGACUACAACUAGCGCGACUAGAUCGCGCACCGCGGAUUAUAUUACUCCUUGCCGGUGUUAUCUUAGUGUGCAUGCUACUACGAAGCUCGGUUUCUUCCACUGCAUCUUAUCGACAAUUGCGUGACCAGCCUACAUAUAACACAGAGCUUUCACUGUGUAAAGCCCGACUUUGUAACCCUGCACAAAAGUGUUCAACAUGGACACCAGGCCAUUACACGUGGUCCGAGUUGGCGGAACAAAACCUGUAUCGUGAUGUUGCUACGAUUGAUGUCGAUGUCGGUUGCGAUUUACGAAUAAAGGUGCAAAGCGAAGAUCCUCGUUUAGCGAUGGAUGAUGUGGAGUGGAUGACGGUGGUAAACCAAGUGGAUUGUCUGGGUGGAAAACAGUGCCGCAACCUGAUCGAAAUGGAUCUUCGAGCGGAUAUCUAUGCUUUGGCGUCCCAGUUCAAACACACACCAUCUGAUCAAGAAACCGUGAUAUCGCACGCUAUUCCAUCGUCUGUCGCCGACGAUAUCACUUUAAUAUCUCAAUUUUCUGUUAAUCGAUUAUCAGUAUUCGCGGAAGUUAUUAAGAUUUGGGAAGGGCCUAUCUCUAUUGCAAUCUACCUGACGGAGCCGGAAGAUAUCGAUACGUUACAGUCGUUUUUCUCCAAUGUCGAAAAUAGGGAUCUUUUUUCUCGUGUUAGUUUUACACUUCUCAAACCCGACUUUACGAACCUUGAUCGACUACGGUACCCUAUCAAUCAUUUGCGCAACCUUGCCAUUUCGGCGGCGUCUACCGGUUUUAUCUUUGUUUUCGACGCCGACUUUUUACCAUCGGAAAAUCUGUACAACUACGUGAGAAAGUUGUUACCGACCAUGGAUUCGAAAACUGCGCUUGUCGUGCCAUGUUAUGCUAUCCGUGAAUCAUACCGUCAUCUGCCAUUCCCUCGCACCAUAAACGAUUUGCGUUCGCUGGUCGAUCAGAAUAUAGCUUAUAUUACGGAUCCCGGGGCCGGCCACGGUCCUACCUUGGCGAAAGAAAUUGCGUUGGCUUCACCAAUGAAACAAUCAACCACAGGAUACGAAGUAUGCUUUGAAUCUCAGUGGGAGCCGUAUUACAUUGUUCCCAAAGCUUCACCACUUUACGAUGUCCGAUUUCGCAACCAGGGCGGUGAUAAACAAUCACACGCACUUCAACUCAAUGCUGAAGGCUAUCGAUUCAUGGUGCUGCACCAUGUGUUUAUGAUUCACAAAGAUCACUCAAAAAUGGUCUGGCCUGGCGGCGGUUUCGAGAAAUCGCAAAAGGCGAAAAAUCAAUGGAACUAUUUUAGCGAGUUCAUGCAGGAAAUGCAAGCAAUCUACGGAAAGAACGUACGUUGGCCACGUGGAUGUAGUGCACAAGCCGUGGGCUGGCAAGAACAACGAAGAAAUAUACUAGGUGUUGCUGCUGGUGCUGCAUAA